CAGAACAACAUCUGAGUUGGUUCUUGGUUGUGUUGUAGUUGUAGUAGUGGUCAGAUAGAAUUUGGCAGCCAUAUUGAUUUUAUACAUCGGUUGGCUUGUUCAGCCAGUUCUCAAUUUUGUUAUCCGUUUCCAUCUGCAUUAUAUUUUUACAGUUCUCUUCUUAAACGUAAAAUACUGUUUUCAAUAUUAUUCUAAAUUAUCCAAUAAGUUUUAUUGAAGGAAUAAACUAUGGCUUGUGCUACUCUGAAACGUUCCUUGGAUUUUGAUCCCGUUCAUAGCCAUGGACGACCAUCCAAACGUCAAAGAUGUGUUCCAAUGUGCGUUAGUCCAUCAAGUUCACCUCCAACAACUUCUACAAGCGAUUACAGCCCAUCGCCUUUUUCAGAUGCUUGCCCGAAAAUGACCCCUGAAGCGAUGGCGGCCGGCAUUCGCGAAGAGAUCCGGCGCCUGCACAGACGCAAACAGUUGCACUUCAAUCCGCAGGGCGGCGCUAGUGGUCAUCACGCAGCUGUUGACGCUGACUCUAGCAGUUCAGAGUCCUCUUCACCAGGGCCCGCGUCUCCCACCUCUGCAUUCGUACAUCACCAGCACCAGCCCUCGGUAUCACGUGACAAGCCACUCUUCACAUUUCGCCAGGUUGGGAUAAUCUGCGAGCGCAUGCUGAGCGAACGCGAGACCCAGCUGCGUGAGGAGUACGACCGCAUCCUCAACAUGAAGCUCAGCGAGCAAUACGAUGCCUUUGUCAAGUUCUCCAACGACCAGCUGCACAGACGCUUCGACGUGUCCACUGCUCCCAGCUACCUCUCUUAAAUGGACCAGUAUGCGACGAAUAGCAGAUGAGACAAAUCUUUCCAUAAUUUAUGGAGCACAAUAAUAAUAUAAUACUGAUAACGCUGCUCCUACCGAAAUCCUUUAUAACUGCAAUAGUUGUGUGUUCCGCAAGGAAAUGCUGUGCCUCAUCUUGAAAGUAAUGAUAUAUUACUCUUAAUUAAAAAUAUUAUUACAUUCAUAAUUCUCUGAUAAUAAUACAAUUAUCGAUAAAUUUAUAUGUUGCAUAAAAAUUGGAGUUGAUUUUGAUUUAUUUUUCAAAUUUUUGAUAAGAGACAUGUGUCAUUGUUUACAGAUUUUCUACUCCAUUUUUUGUAGUAGUAUGUUUUAGGUGAAUUUUGGAGUGACAUUGUAUAAAAUUGCUUUGGGGUGACAUUUUGAAAUGACUUUGAGCGUUGAGGUGGUUUGUUGUGGUGCUCAUAUGAUUUCGGUUAUUAUCUUUUUGUGUUCCAAGUUUUUAUUGGUAGUUUUGUGCUGCAAUGUUGCUGUAAGCUGGAGUUACAACUGAUUUUUACUAGCUUCUGUGAUAAUUGUGAGCGCAUUAUUACUAUACUUAUCUGACAAUUAGCAAACAUUUUCAAAUUGACCGAGUGACUAUUUAUUAAAUAUGAAUAAAAUUCAAAAAUACUCUUGAUAAUGAUUCAUUCUUGUAUUUAAAAAUUAUUUAUUUUGACCACCUAUUUAAGUUAACUUUCAUUUUAUGCCAAUUCUAAUCUAAGGUUUUCAAAUAAUGUAAAUUUUUGUAGUUUAUAUAUGUAGGUAGUUUUUCAAUAUAUUAUCCUUCAUUUAAUUUGUUAACGUUUAGGCUUUGAAUGAUGAUGUUCUGAUAAAUUCAUUUUCACAAUUAUUAUUAUGUAUUUUUAUGUUGAUCAUAUUGGAAAUUUUCGUUGAUAAGAAUUACACAAUUGACUACAUUGUUAGUAAGUAGCUGACUUAGAUUAAUUACUAUAACUGCGAACUGUAAUACUGUAUUUAUAUUUGAAGUUGUAAUAAAUUGAGUUUUGAUUGUAAUCGGG